AAAGAAUCCUCUGAUGACUUGGAUGACUUAAACUUUUUCAAUCAGAAGAAAAAGAAGAAGAAAACAAAGAAAAUGUUUGACAUUGAGGAGGCUGAGGAAGGUGUGAAGGAGCUAAAGAUUGAGAUUGAAGAACCUGAGCCGCCUGUGGAAACCGAGGAGGACUUGGAUUUUGUGCUUGGGAAAAAGAAAAAAAAGAAGAAUGUCAUAUUUCCUGAAGAGGACGACAUGAUGAUGGAAAAUGACGAUAUCCUAGAAGAUGAAGACAACCAAAAAGAUGGCAUUUCCUUCAGUUCGAUGACUGGACCAACAUGGGCUGGCACAGAGAGGGAUUACACAUAUGAUGAGUUGCUAAAUCGAGUCUUCAACAUCAUGCGUGAAAAGAACCCAGAUAUGGUAGCUGGUGAAAAGAGGAAGUUUGUCAUGAAACCUCCCCAGGUAGUCCGAGUAGGAACAAAGAAAACAUCGUUUGUGAACUUCACAGAUAUUUGCAAACUAUUACAUCGGCAACCAAAACAUCUGCUGGCUUUUUUGUUGGCUGAGCUGGGGACUAGUGGCUCAAUUGAUGGUAACAACCAACUCGUAAUCAAAGGGCGGUUCCAACAAAAGCAGAUUGAAAAUGUCCUGAGACGAUACAUCAAAGAGUAUGUGACCUGUCAUACAUGCCGUUCACCAGACACCAUCUUGCAGAAGGACACUCGAUUAUAUUUCUUGCAAUGUGAGACGUGUCAUUCCCGUUGCUCUGUUGCUAGCAUCAAGACUGGUUUCCAAGCUGUAACAGGAAAAAGAGCUCAGCUCCGUGCCAAAGCCAACUAA